UGGUUGUGUUUAGGAUCAGAAAUGUUCAUAAAAGGAAAUAUGCACUUGUUUGUCUCUGCAUUGUUGGCUUCGUCAUGUACAGAUACCUCGGUGUCAGCGUAUCUACAGGACGACGGAGGAUGAGCCGAAGAGUGGGGCUGAAUGCAAACACAUCCCAGUUCACAUUGGAGGGAGAGCCUUUCCGCAUCAUUGGGGGUGCUGUACAUUAUUUUCGCAUUCCAAGGGCCUAUUGGAGAGACCGGCUUCUAAAGAUGAAGGCUUGUGGCAUCAACACAGUCACUACAUAUGUGCCAUGGAGUCUACACCAGCCACAGAAAGAGGUCUUCAAUUUUCAAACACAAUUGGAUGUGGAAGCAUUUCUAAACCUUGCAGCCGAACUGGGAAUGUGGGUGAUUUUGUGUCCAGGGCCCUACAUUUCAUCUGAAUUGGAUCUCGGAGGACUGCCAAGCUGGCUCCUCAGAGAUGACAAGAUGAUGCUCAGAACAACAUAUGCAGGUUUUUCUGAGGCAGUCAAUGUUUUUUUCAACAAGCUGAUUCCCAAAUUAGUUCCACUCCAGUUCAAUAAAGGAGGUCCUAUUAUCGCCGUACAGGUUGAAAAUGCAUAUGGAUCCUUUGCCAAAGAUGAUAAUUAUUUGAAUUUUAUUAAAGAGGCUUUACAAACUCGAGGGAUAACUGAGCUGUUACUUACAUCAGACUCUCCCAACACUUUAAAAUCAGGAGGUGUGACUGGAGCGUUAAGGGCGUUAAAGUUACAGAAGCUGAACCAGAGAGACAUUCAGGAUUUGUCUGCCCUACAGCCCAACAGCCCGGCAAUGAUAAUGGACUAUUGGACUGGCUGGUAUGAUGCGUGGGGUGAGCUCCAUCAUAUUCUACCACCAGAAGAUAUGGUGUCCACUGUGAGGGAGAUUUUAAGACGGGGGAUGUCUGUGAGCUUGUAUAUGUUCCAUGGAGGAUCUAGCUUUGGUUUUAUGAGUGGAGCAUUGGCUGAUCCCACUUACCGAGCUCUGGUCCCCAGCUAUGACUAUGAUGCUCCAUUGUCUGAAUCUGGGGAGUACACACCAAAGUACCAUCUGCUGAGGGAUCUGCUUUCUCGCUACAGCAAUGGUGAGCCCUUCCCGGACAUGCCCAUGUUACAUUACAGAGAGGCGUAUGAACCUGCCAUCAUGUACCAGCACCUGUCGCUAUGGGACGCUCUCAGCUUCACUGAAGAGCCGUUCAAGUCGCACAGGCCGGUGAGUAUGGAGAAUCUCCCAGUGAACAGCAACAGUGGGCAGGCGUUUGGCUACACUCUGUAUGAAACCACCAUAACCACAGGGGGAUUAAUGAAGUCUGGAGACAAUGUGCGGGACAGGGCACUGGUAUUUUUAGACAAAAUCUACAUUGGCCUUUUCAAGCGUCAAACUCAGGAGUUGGCAGUUCCCGAUGGUCAGGGAAAAAGAACACUGAGUUUACUGGUUGAAAACUGCGGACGCGUUCAUAAGGGAAGGGACCUGGACAAACAACAUAAAGGUCUAGUGGGGGACAUUUUAUUAAACAAUAUUCCCCUGAGGGACUUCACCAUAUACAGCCUGGAUAUGAAGAUGGCUUUUAUUGAUAGUCUCUAUCAGGCGCCGUGGAAAACUCUAUCCAAAAACCCCAGCUUCCCAGGGUUUUUUAUGGGGAAGCUCUUUGCGUAUGGAUAUCCAAGUGACACUUUUGUCAAAUUAUCGGGCUGGGAAAAGGGAGUGGUCUUUAUCAACGGGGUGAAUCUGGGUCGUUAUUGGUCGAUUGGUCCUCAGCAGGCGCUCUACCUCCCAGGGCCCUUUCUCAACAGUGGAAUCAACCAGGUGAUCGUGUUUGAAGAGCAAGAAAGUGACUAUAAGGUUCAGUUUGAAGACGCUCCUGACCUGGGCAUGGCAGCGGACACCCAGUGAAAACACACCACUAAAACACAGGCAGCUUUAUUCAUAUCGGAACAUUUUAUA